AUGCAACAAACAAGCUCGAACGAGUUGUCUCCCAUUGGAGCCUUCCUCAUGAGGAUCCUUUGGCUACUCUUCACAUCGGCCGCCAACUGCCUCCAGCUUCUCGACGCCACCUUGUGGCCGGCUUGGAAGGCAUCGGUCAUGUGGCUGGACCACCACACCAUCGGUACAAUCAUCAGCAUUGUCGACGCCGUCACAGGCACACACUCACUUUCGACAAUCACGCCGUUCGGUAUGCUGGCCAGACUCGCCGCAUCUCUGCUGUACAAAAUCAUCGACUGGUUCCCCGAGGUUCCAUCGUUCCCCGAGCAGAGGUGUGGUUCCAACUAUCGCAGUUGUUCGACUCAGACAACAACGGACGAUCCCAACAUCUCAGCCAUGCUGGAGUUCUUCGGUUCUGGUCUCGACUACCUCACCGAGUUCUUCGCCACUGGUCUGAAGUCCGUUGUGUCACCCUUCGACGGCAACACUCCCAAGUCCUCGACUUCCUCUCUCGUCGCUGUCCCGCGCACCCCUGUGAGACAGCAAAGCUCGCUCGCCAACAAGACCAAGAGCACGAGUCCCUCGUUUUACGGUUCCGACGAUGACGCGGCCUAG